GACCGAUCUGACCUCCUUUUGGAAUCCUUUUAAUUAACGUCGUCAUCCAUUCAAAAUAAAUAAAUAAUUUAAGGAAAUUUGUAGAGAUAAAGUUCAAAUCACUCAAUCCACAUGGCCAAAAACAGCUGCCAAACAUGCAACCGCGAAUUUGCCAGGACAACGCAUCUUCAAGAACACGUGACCAGAAUGCACACCCCGCGAGAAAGACAACGCCCCUGUCCAUUCGCAGGAUGUGGAAAAUCCUUUCAUGAAAAAGUUGACGUUGCCAGACACGUGAAAAGCAUGCACAACACGUGCCCACGACCCCCAGUUCCAUGCACCUUUACAGGAUGCGCUAAAAUCUUUAAACAUGAAAGCACCGCUUUCCACCACUUUCAAAAAGAACAUGUCUCGAAUCCUGUCCGAUUUGGGUGCACCCUCUGUGGCAAAGAAUUUAGGGAAAAGCCCAACCUUGAAAACCACAUUGCCAUUCACACCGGCGAGAAAAACUAUAAGUGUUCAAUCUGCAGCAGGAGCUACAGACACCAGUCAAAUUUUAGAGCACACCAGAAAACCCACCUGGACAAAUCUGCCCGGAAGAUUUUUAAAUGUGCCUUGUGUUCACGAAACUUUGUGGCAAAAUCUACACUCGCGCGUCACAUGAAGGAUAUCCAUGGAAAUCCGGUGAACUAUGAGUGCCCAAGUUGUCCCAAGAUACUGACGACCCCAGCCGGCUUGAAGUCUCACAUGGUAUCCAACCAUAGAACUGACGAUGUGCCACGUUUGUCAUGUGACAAAUGCCAACACACUACUUUUUCCAGGUCCAACCUUCAACAACACGUCAAACGGGUGCACGAUGGUGUGAAGAAAAAAGAAUGUUAUUUCUGCGGCACGAAAUUUUUCACUUUUACAGAAUUGGUUAAUCAUUGUCGUAAAAUUCACACGUUAAAAACAUAACGAGAAAUUUGUAUGUUUUUAGAAAAUUUGUUGGUAAUAACUUAAUCUAUUA